AUGAACCCUCAAAUAAUGAUCGUUACCGUGGUGGCCGCUGCCUCGGUUGCAUUCUUCGGGUUUCUCGCUUAUCGGAUCAGAGCGCGAUCGAACGACAUAGAUCUGCUGAGCGUGCCCCCGUUGGAAGACAACAGCACCCUCGACGAGGAUCUCAAAGACAUUUUGGCGUUCGUCCCCAUAAAAGAGGUCCAGGAGAUCAUCAAACGAUACAUGCAGUACGACGCGCAGAUAGGCGACACCGUGAGCUUCGUGAACGACCAGCAGAGAUUCAUAGUGCGCGAGUUCCAGAAGAUGCCCGAGGCGAGCAAGCUGAUUACGUUCCUGAGACAGAACGGCCUGAACGUGGACUCCUGGCAGGAGAAGAUACAGUGCUUCUGGAAGACGUCGCCGAGGUUCGUCAAAUACGAUCCGAGCGUGGCAGCCGGCGGCCUAACCGUGAUGAUCAAUAAAAUCCUGGAAACUAUGCCCCUGGACGAGCUGCACGAGCUGCUGCGACAGAAAGUGAAGUACUCGGCGAGUUUCCGCAGGUUCCUCCACGCGUUGAGAUCCAAGGACUUUCAGGAGUUAUGCAACGCGCUCGAGACCAACGACGUGCUGCAUCAUCAUUACUUUUGGGCGAAAGAGGGCGGCCUGGAGAUCACGUUCGCGAUCGAGCUGUUCAACGAACUGGCAUCCAUAUGUCUGAGCCGCCUUAAAGUCAUAAGCUUGACCUGUACUCCUGAAUUAAUAAAAUCUUUCCUCCUAGAAGAGAAUCGAACUGCAUACUUAGCAGAAGCGGAAUUGGGCGUGAAACAAAGGAGACGAUAUUUCAAUGCAACAUAA